GCGGGAGUGAAACUGACGCACAGCUACAACAAACAUGUGUGAGAAAAGUAAAAUCGUGACCCAAUGGCUCAGUAAGGUGUUCGGGCAGCAGCCGGUACCGGAGUUUGAAGUAAACACACGCACUGUGGAGAUACUGCACGAGCUGGCAGAGAGCAGUGAGAUGAGAUGCAGAGAGAUCACACUUCUCAUCGAGGACCACGAGCAGAAAGCAGCAGAAUACAGCAGCGAUGGUGCCCAUCUCCAGGAAGUUCUUCUCCAGGGAGUAGGUCUGCAACCCGGAGGAGUUUCCAAACCCACAGUGGACCUGCUGUCGGUGCUGGAGGGCACUGCUGAGGUGCUUAAACUCAGAGACACAUCUCUUGGGAGCUUCAUGCCAGCAAUAAAUAAACUGACCAAUGACGUGCUGGAAGCGGAGAAAACCAACAGGAGAUUGCAGCGGGAACUCUCCGCUGCGAGGAAGAAGAUGACUGCCACAGUUGUCCUUCGGAAGAAACUCCAGGAUGAUUUGAUGAAGAUCACACAUAUACAACAGGUGGAAGCAGCGACAGCAGAGGAGAGACUUCUUAAUAUGGACUUCAUGAAGAAUAAAUCCAGAGAUCUCACCUGCCGGAAUAAGAUGGCACAGGAAAAGUUGCAGUCACGGCAUAUGGAGGAUUCUCUUACCCAUCAGGCCAUUCUUCAGUUGUCAGAGAAAAUUGCAGUACUGAAAGAGGACAUGCUACCUUUGAAGAAGAAACUAGAGCCGUAUAGUGACUUGAGCCCCAGUCCGGCUCUGGCACGUGUGAAAAUCGAGGAAGCUAAACGAGAGCUGGCUGCAUUGGAUGCUCAGCUGGAGCAAAAGGUCGACUUCAUGAACACUUGUCUAGAUAACCAUUAAUAUUUAAUAAUGCAUGUAAUAAAACAUUAGAAACUAUGUGCAUAAAUAUGGCAACAAAGUGUUGUAAU